AUGAAAAAACACUCUUGUGCACUCCUUCGGAAAAAUCAUCAUCAUCGAUAUGGUGUUUGUUCUUCUUCUUCACAACAACAACAACAACUACUGAAAUUCAAUGUAAAAAGGAAUCUAGGAUCUAGGAUCUCAUCCUCAUUUACCUUACGAUCCUUUUCAACAUCUUUUAAAACAACAUUUCCAUCGGACUCUUCAUUAUUACAAUCAAACCAUCAUGGUACUACUACUACCAAUGCUAAUACUACUACCAACACUCUGAAUACCACCAACACUACUACUAAUACCACCACUACCACUCUGAAUACCACCAACACUACCACUGAACAUGUUGUUGAAUCUUUUCCCAAACUAAUCCAAACCAUUUCCUAUCCAAUUCCAUCUCAUAGCAUUCUCUGCAAUUCUUCUCAACGUGUUCAUUGUGUCUUUGAAAAAACAUUUCAUCUUUCUCAUCUUUCUAUACCUCUCUCUUUAGAAAUUAAUACAAGAAAUUUAAAUAUUGAAUUUUGUGAACAUGAAGAGGAUUCAUUACGAGUUGAAAUGUACACUCAUAAUUGUAAUGAAUAUUCAUGGUAUAAUCUCAACAAUACUCCACAAGGAUUCUUUUCAGAUUACAAAUUUGAAUAUUUAUAUAGAGAAUUGACAAACACAUUGAGAUUUAAUGUUCAUCAAGCUCCUCUUCCACCUCUCUUGACUCGAUUCAAAUUACAUACCUAUUAUGCUCCUGUAUUCUUUCUUCCAAGUUUUAUUUCUAAAUAUUUGGAUGAGAAAUUCAUCAAAUAUGGAACGAUGAAAAUUUAUUUACCAAAAAAGUCUAAAAAUUCCAUUCGAGUUGAAACAGAUAUUGGAAAUGUCAUUUUUAGAGGAAUUAGUAACAUUUCAAAUGAAGUAUCCGUGAAAUCUACAUUUGGAACUCUCUAUGUGAGUGAUGGUGGAAUUUCAAAUGUUAAUCAUUUUCAUAUUGAUAUGCAAUAUGGUGCAUGUUAUAUCAAUACUGUGAAUCAUGUGAAGAAUCUCAACAUUUAUCAUCGAUGGUCAAGAGAGGAAGAUUGGAACACGAGUGAUAACAUUGUAUCAUCCACUGGAAUUACGAUUGAUCACAUUGAAUCCAAUAGUCAUGUAAAAAUUCAAACUUUAAAUUCAAUCAAUAUUGAAUUGAAUCAAUUGAAUUUGGCGGGAAAUUGUCAAGUAGAAAUUUCAUGUCUCAUGAAAGGACAAGAAUGGAUGUUUACAAAAAAGGGAAUUCAAGUGUUUGUUUCUAACAAUAGUACAACAACAACAACAACAUCUUCUCAUCAUGAUGAUUCUCAACCAAGCCAUACAUCAUCAACUGUUGCCAACAACCAAUCCAACAAAUUGAAAAUCUAUUCCGAUGCUAAUCCUGUUUUUCUUUAUUUUGAUAAGAAUUCAUCAAGUAACUAUGAUGUGUUGGCAUUAACUCGAUGGAGUGAUGUCUCUUUUGAUUCUCAACACAUUCUCUAUGAUGGAUUUUUAGAUGUGAAUCAAUUUAGAGGAAUUGUUGUUUCUAGAAAUGACUUGAAAAGAUUAAGAGAAUUAUCUGAGCAAACAAUGGAACAAAAUAGUACUACUAAUACUAAUACUACCACCAACACUACUACUACUACAGAUUCUUUGACAGAGGCGACAUCCUCUGCAGAAUCUAAUAAUCCAACAACAACGACAGGUAGCAGCAAAUCAUUUUCAACAAAUGUUCAUUCGAGUGACGGAGAAUGCACACAUCCAAUUUCUGGACACAUUUCACUAAUCACCAAACAAGGUCCUAUUUUUAUGAAACAAUAUGAAUAUGUCAACAGUGCUGAAGAAUUCUCUAAUACUUUCAUUGAAAAGAGAUUAAUCAUUCAAAAACAACAAGUAGCAAAAUAUUUUGUGCAUAUUUUUGGAAUGGAAAUUGCCAAAAAGGAUUUAUUUGUGUAUGGCUUGAUCCCAAUUGCUAUUUUCAUGCUACUUGUUGUCGACUUUUUCUAUGUCAUACCAACAUUUGGAAGACAAUCCGAAUUGAAAGAAUCUGGAGGAUUGGCUUCGAUGGGAAACACUGGAACGAUUCGUGUGGCUCAACGAGAAACAACGAAAGAGAAAUAG